AUGGACCAAGAUCGGCGAGAGCGGGCGUACCGCUUCGUCGCCUUCUCGGCCGUUUCCUUCUCACUUGUGGCCAUUGUGGCCGUGUUCAUUACGCUGCCUAUUGUGAAUAAUUACAUUAACUCCGUUCAUGCCCGCGUUCAAAGUGAAAUGGAAUUCUGUAAGGUGGGUGGACAACGGAAUUUCGUC